AUGGACGCCUUUUCAGGAUACAAUCAGAUCUUCAUGCAUCCCGAUGAUCGCGAGAAGACGGCAUUCAUUACCGAUCGUGGCACCUAUUGCUAUAAAGUGAUGCCCUUCGGCCUGAAGAACGCCGGCGCCACUUAUCAACGAUUAGUGAACAAAAUGUUCGCGGACCAGCUCGGUAGAAGCAUGGAAGUCUAUAUCGACGACAUGCUAGUCAAAUCUGCCAAGGCACGAUCACGUCAAGCACCUCAGCGAAUGUUUCCGAAUCUUAGAGAAGGCAAACCCGAAGCAGAUCUCGGCGAUCCUCGACCUCCCAUCGCCGACAUCCUCCAAAGAAAUCCAAAGACUCACCGGACGUAUCGCCGCAUUGAACAGAUUCAUCUCGCGCUCAACCGACAAGUGUCUCCCCUUCUACCAAUUGCUUCGAUCAAACAAGAAGUUCGAGUGGGACAAAAAUGCGAAGACGCUUUCAAACAAUUGAAAGAGUAUCUCACUACCCCACCAAUUCUCGCAAAACCCGAAGAAGGCGAGACCCUACUCUUAUAUAUCGCAAUAUCAAGCACGGCGGUAAGCGGAGUCCUCGUCCGAGAAGAUCGAGGAGAGCAGCAGCCAGUCUUCUAUCCGGACGAGCGCCAAGUCACAAGUCUAGCCGACUUCAUCGUAGAAAUCCCACCAGAGCUCGCAACUCAAGAGGACGAGCAAAUCCUCAAAUGGACACUGCAUGUCGACGGAUCGUCCUCCAGGCAAGGAGCAGGCGUCGGCAUCCGCCUCGUCUCCCCGACAGGCGAGAUUCUCGAGCAAUCGAUCAAACUCGGUUUCCCAGCGUCCAACAACGAAGCCGAAUACGAAGCGAUUAUUGCCGGACUUCGUCUCGCCGAAGCAGUCGGAGCAGAACACGUUCGUGCGUUCUGUGACUCUCAGCUCGUCGCUAAACAAUUCAGCGGUGACUACGACACGAAAGACGAUCGCAUGGAUGCGUAUCUCAAACAAACGCAAAGACUUGCCAAAGCAUUCAAGACGUUCGAGUUGACAAAGAUCCCCCGUUCCGAGAAUUCCGAAGCCGACGCACUCGCAGCCUUGGCGUCAAAAACCGAAUCAGCACUGCGACGGGUCAUCCCGGUCGAAACCAUCGACGAACCAAGCAUCAAACUCCCCAAGGGAACCGUCGUCAUGGCAAUCUCGCAAGAAGAAGAAGAAGACGAAAACCUCACUGAUGACGAGUCAGCAGAACACAAAUCAUGGCAGGAUGAAAUCAGAAAUUACCUCAUCAACGACGCCGUGCCAGAGGAGCGAUGGGCGGCCCGCCGCCUCCGACGAAAAGCAGCUUACUACUUCUUACGCAACAACGAGCUUUUUCGCUGGAGCGCAAACAAAGUCAUCCUGCGAUGCUGCGACGAAGCACAAGCUAAGAGCAUCAUGGUCGAGACCCACGAGGGAGCAUCAGGAAACCACGCCGGCGGAAGAUCACUCGCUUUAAAAAUUAAGAAGAUCGGAUACUUCUGGCCAACGAUGAUCGGCGAUUGCAUAAACGUCGCCGCCAAAUGCGUCCCCUGCCAAAGAUACGCACCGGCGAUCAACGCCCCAACGCAAGCACUUCAAGCUGCGAUCCCGGCAUAUCCCUUUAUGCGCUGGGGAAUGGAUAUCGUCGGCCCCAUGCCACGCUCACGGCAAUGCGCUUACCUCUUGGUCGUCACCGACUACUUUACUAAGUGGGUAGAAGCAAAAGCGUACAAAAACCCAACGGCUCAUGACGUAAGAAACUUUGUGUGGCAGUAUAUCAUAUGCCGUCACGGUCUUCCUUAUGAGAUCGUCACGGACAACGGAGGACAAUUCGUCGCAGCAACUUUCCGAGAAUUUUGCGCAUCGUGGAACAUCAAGAUCACUUACUCCACGCCAAGAUAUCCUCAAGCUAAUGGACAAGCCGAGUCCACAAACAAAACUAUUGUUGAUGGAUUGAAAAAAAGGCUUGAAGGCUACCAAGGAGCUUGGGCGGACGAAUUGGAUGGAGUGCUCUGGUCGCAUCGAACCACCCCAGAACCGCAUCCGGGGAAACCCCAUUCUCUUUGUCGCACGGUUGCGAAGCACUAG